UUGUUUUGUUUCAUUAUUUUGCCGUCGUGUGACGAUGGCUUCUUCUCACGAUAGCGCAAUGGUGAUAACUUUGAGGUCCUUCGAUGGUAGAGGGUUCAACGUCGAUGGCAGGGUGGCUAUGAUGUCCAGUAAAGUCCGUUGCUUGAUCAUGCCGCAAAUCUGUGGCCCGAUCUUUGUUCCAGAUUGCAACGGCGACGCGGUCGAGAAAAUUAUAGAGUACUGUUAUAAGCAUGCUGAUAACAAUGCCGACGAAGCUGAUCUUAAAUCUUGGGAUGCUAAUUUCAUGCAGGCGUUCGAUAAAGACUCUCUCGACGACAUCCUUCAUGCGGCUAAAUAUCUCGAAAUUAAAGAAUUGGUGGAUCUAACCGUUCUAACCCGUCAAAAUUUGGAGGAUUUGCGCGAGGAGGAAACGAUUGUAAAGAUUGGAGAUUUGGAGGAUUUGCGCGAGGAGGAAACAAUUGCAAAGAUUAAUGGAGAUUCAGAGAACUCGCGCGAGGAAAGGGAACUAAAAGGACUUGGAGGAUGUGCGAUAUUUUGUUUUGCGGUUCUUUCUUUGCUCAUGGCAGGGUCUGGUUUUUGUUAUGUUUAUGUGAAGUAUGUUAGCUAGAUCGACAAUCUCCUGCACGUAGAACAAGAUUAGAUUAAAAAAUAAGAAAAAUCCGAGAUAAA